AUGCUCCGCCCAGCCCCCCCGGUGGCCUUCCACAUCCCAGACCUCGCCUCGCUGCACAAGCACCUGCAGCACCCUUUGCUGCCCACCAUGCCACCUUUCGGCACCAAGCGCACGGCGCCCAUCCUCGCCAAUUCUGCCACUGUCCCGCUCUCCGCCCCUCCUCUCCGCCCUCCAGGCCGUGCUGCAUGUGCCAGAUCUACUGCUGGUGCUGGUGCUGCCGGUGCAGCUGCUUCUGCCAGUGAGGGAGCGGGCGAGACAGCAGCAGCAGCGCCUUCCCUGGCGCAGCAGUAUCAGUGGAAGGCGGAUGCGGCCCCUGUGCUUGCAGCAGAGGCCAUGGUCCCGGAGUGGCUGGCAGAACCACGUGUCAGCCUGCUACUGGACCUCCAAAAGGUGUGGCGCCAGCUGGCAGAUAUCAUGCAGAUCAACAAAAUCGCUGCUGCGCGGGCCGAAGCUAGUGGCACACGGGGAGCAGCACCUAUGCUGCACCCUAAAGCCUCUGCUGCAGCGCCUAUGCAGCACCGUGCGGGAGGGAGCCUCUGCAGCGCCACUGCAGAGCCUGCUGCGCGAGCGGAAGCUAUUGCAGGGCGGGGAGCCACUUCUGCUGCUACUGAUGCUACGCCGUACCCUUGCCCGCUGUGGUGGUGCUGCUGGCAGUGCAGCGGAUGCUGGGCUCGCUACCGCCUCAGCGUGUCCACUGCUUCUUUCCUUGUGCUUGUUACCAAAUUCCCCCGCUUUGUCACUCUCUGGCGCACCCACAUCCGGUCUGCUGCUGUGACCUUUUCCUCGCUGGCAAUGCAGCUCGGAGCACGGAGGCAGGAGCAGGGCGAAUGCUUGGCGUCUGUGCUUCUGCAGGUGAUGGGAGUGAAGGGGAAGGAGCAGCUGGAGACUGGCUUCGCUGCCCACCUGCUGCCGCUGCUGUCGGGGGGGAGGGGCGCGCAUGGGCAGGCGGGAGGGGGAGGGGAAUGUCGGGGGAAUGGGGGGGGGUGCGCUCCGUUCUUCCCCACGCUGGGCCACCGUGUGGAGGAGUUUCUUAGAAGGUUCGCCCCUGCAAGGCUGGCAAGGGAGGGCAGGAACAGGCCUCUGGCUUGGGCUACCACCACCUGGAUUGGGCGCUUAGGCCUGGGCGACCGCAGCUGGACUUCUCUUGCUCUGGGGGAAUUCGCUCCGGGAAGGAUGGAGCCGAUCCUACGGUCCAGAAUCCAGGUGGAUGUUUUCAGAGAGAUGCUCGCGGGCAGGAUUCUGCCCGUGCCUGCCUGCACCCACUGCCAGCAUUGCAUUGGCACAUACUACCGAGCCGUGAAGCUCACGGCUCUCGUCACCUCCUUCGCCUACCGACCAUCAUCCGCGGUGCUGCGCUGCCUCCUCUCACUCUUCCCGCCGCACUCCGCACGCUUCAGAAGCUUCCUGGACGCUCUAGGCGUGCCGCACGUCCCUGCGGUGGUCCCGGACUCGCUCGUGGGUCCUCUGCUGGAAGGCGUGGUGGAGGAAAACCGCCUGCAAUUGCUCUUCUUAGGCACACAGCUCAUCGCAAAGGGGGAUUUCUUAGAAGAGAUUCUCGAACCGGUCGGGCAGGACUGGGUUGGGCAGGGUGAGGAGGAGUUGGGGCGGCGGCGAACGGGGGAGGAAGGAGAGGAGUGGAGGAUGUGGGAGGAGGUGGAUGGCUGGCGCACGGCGGCUGCGCACGCAUGGCCUGCUAUGGAGGCACGGGGUGCGGCGGCGGCGCUGCUGAGUGGGGCUGGUAGGCGUGCGGGUGGUGUGGACGGGGAGGAGUUGGAGGAGUGUUGUGCGGGUAUGAGGCAUGCAAUGAGGGGAAAUGCGGCUAUUGCGAGUGAGAGGAGGCACUAA